GCCAAAGACCAAUUUAUAAUAUUAUAGAAAAAUAUAAAUAUUUACUAAGAAAUAUACAUUUAAUGGUGAUAUACAUAUGAUUUCGAACGAUACACAAUUCAACAUAACAAAAGAAAUUUGAACAUACCAAAAUGUUCAUCUGUUUUUUGUUUUGAUUAUAACAGUCAGGUGUUAACAGUAGUCAAAAAUGAUAUAUAAAGAAUCGAAAUUCUAUCAUUCUUAAGUAAUAAUUAACAAGUUAAGGCGUGCAAACUAAAUUAAAAUAAAUAAAUAAGCUCAGUACACCUCCAAUACGGUUAAGGAAAAUGAGUAAAAUUUUUUUGGCUCUAUGGAAAGGAAGAAUACCAUCCAAAAAGUAUUUAAAACUUACAAACCGAAGUAAUUCCUACGACCAUGUUGCUUUUUCUAAGUUAUCUGCGAAACCUCCUCAUAGGCAACAUUACUUUGGUAUCAGUUUAUUAGGAGUAAUAACUGGUUUUAUUACCUAUGAUGGAAUUGUUAACGAAUUCAUUUACUGUGGUUCUACAAUACGCUUCCUACGCUCUCUUAAAACUGCUUCUUUAAUUGCAAUGGAUUAUUAUAUACUCCAAAAAUAUGAAAAUAGUUCGGACUAUGAUUUUCAACUUAAACAAGUACAUUUGAAAAGCGCUAAACGUUUGCUUGAAACGUGCUUAUUAAAUGGAGGUUUGUACAUUAAAAUGGGUCAAGGUGUUGCUGCUAUUAACCAUAUAUUACCAAGAGAGUAUACGAGUACAUUGGAACAACUACAAGACAAAUGUUUACCUACAACAAAAUCGGAUGUACAACAUGUUUUCUAUGAAGACUUCGGUUCUACGCCGGAAGACAUGUACUCUAAUUUUGAUUACACUCCAGUUGCUGCAGCGAGUCUGGCACAAGUGUUCAAGGCAAAGUUAAAAAGUGGUGAGGAUGUCGCCGUAAAGGUUCAAUAUGGUGACUUGCAGAGACGUUUUACCAGUGACUUGGGAACUAUUAUGUUUCUGCAGGAUGUCAUUGAAAUAUUCUUUAAAAGUUACAAUUUCGGUUGGAUAUUACGCGACUUACGAAAAAACUUAAUACUAGAACUGAAUUUUGAAAAUGAAGGACAAAAUGCUGAACGCUGUGCCAAAGAUUUGAAAAAAUUCGAGUAUGUGCAUAUACCACAUAUUUACUGGACAUAUACAAAACCGCGAGUUCUCACAAUGGAAUGGGUCAACGGAUUCAAAGUGAACGAUGUUGAACGAAUACAAUACGAAAAUCUGGAUUUAAAGGAUGUAGACUUCAAACUUUUCAACAUUUUUGCAGAGCAAAUAUUUCACACAGGUUUUGUACAUGCUGACCCUCAUCCGGGAAACGUUUAUGUACGAAAAAAUCCUAAAACAGGUAAAGCUGACUUGGUCCUUCUUGAUCAUGGCUUAUACGAAUACUUACCCGAAUCAGUACGCAAUCCUCUUUGUGAGUUUUGGGAGGCAACGGUAUUGAGAGAUGAACAAAAAAUGAAAUUAGCCGCACGACAAAUAGGCAUAAAGGAUCAUAUGAAAUUUGCGGAAGUUCUUUUCCAGCAGCCCAUUCGCAUACAUGGUGGACGUAUAAAGACGAAAUUGAGCGAGAGUGAUAUCGAGUAUAUCCAGCAGGUGGCUAAGAAAAAUUUUGAGCUAAUUAUGGGCACUCUAAAAGAAAUGCCACGCAAUAUGCUUUUUGUAGUGCGAAAUUUAAAUACUAUACGAGCCAUUAGUCGACAGCAUGGUGAUGUAGUGGAUAGACCACGUACGAUGGCACGGUAUGCCCAACAUUGCAUUUACGUCAAAUACAGUUCAAUUCGAAGCUACAUAUUCUGGUUUUACAGACGUUUGAUUUUCGAAUAUAAUUUGUGGUCUUCGUCAUUUCGGAUAUCUUGCUACGAUUUAUACAUACUUAUUUUGUAUAAACUUAAUCGAGCGCCUAAUUCAGCACGAACACUUCUAGAUGAUAUAAAAAGGCAUAAUUUUACAUAAAAAAUGUUUUCAAUGUUACACUUCUGUAUUUUCAUUUAACUAGUCAAAUUUGCGUGUUAAGAAUAAAGAAAAUUUAGUUACGGGUGGAGGUAUAUAUACA